AUGGCCGCUUUCAAGACACUACCAACCCGCCGGCUAGGAAAUGGCCCUCUGGUUCCUCGACUAGGCCUCGGCCUCAUGGGAUUUCGUGGCACGUAUGGCCAGUCCUUCCUUUCGCAUGAAGAGAUGCUUGAAUUCCUAGAUGAGGCGUACAAAAGAGGCGAGCGAUUUUGGGAUACAGGUGGGUUUCAAGCAAUAUGCAAACAGAGGAAAACAAUACUGAAGCUGUCUCAAGCCGAUGAGUAUGGCGAUUCCGAAGCCAUAAUAGGAAAAUGGUUUGCCGCAAACCCUGGAAAGCGUCAGGACAUAUUCCUUGCCACGAAAUUUGGUAUUGUGCACACUCCCACGCCACCUGGAUUCACCAUGAAUUCGACGCCUGAGUAUUGUCGCACUGCUAUUGAGGCCUCCCUUGGCCGACUUGGAGUCCCCUGUGUUGAUCUGUAUUAUGUCCAUCGCUUGGAUAAAGUCACCCCAGUCGAAAAGACCAUGCAGGUGAUGGUCGAGCUCAAGGAUGCCGGCAAGAUCAAGCACAUCGGCUUGAGUGAAUGUAGCGCGGAAUCUUUGCGUCGCGCGUAUGCUAUUCAUCCGAUUACAUGUGUGCAGAUGGAGUACAGUAUCUUCUGUACGGAAAUCGAAUCUCCGCAGCGAAAGUUGCUGGAGACGGCACGGGAGCUGGGGGAAGACAUCAGCAGGCUUGGUGACAAGCGCAGAAUUUUGCCAUGGCUUCAAGAGGGCAAUAUUGAGCAGAAUGUGGCUCUCGUCAAUGAGAUAGCUGCACUUUCUAGGGCGAAAGGUGUGACGACACCGCAGCUUGCUCUUGCUUGGUUGCUUGCCCAAGGAGAUGACAUAUUUCCUAUCCCCGGGGCUUCUAAGACUCAGCGCUUAGAGGAGAAUUUGAAAAGUCUCUUUAUAUCUUUGUCCGAGGAAGAGGAGAAGAAAAUCCGCCAGCUGGGUGAGAAAGUUGCCGGUGGCCGCUUUCAGGCUAUGACUGGGUAUGACUUUGCAGACACACCAGCUUUGGAAUAA